GGCGUAUUUCGGUUGGACCAAUUUCAUAUUGCCCUCUCCUUGCUACUGGGCACUCUGGGCUCCCUCUUUAUCCCUCACGUCCCCGAGGACUUGGAUGUUCUCUGCGCUGCUGUAGCAGUAAUCGUCAACUACUUCCCACUUUGUGCCUUCGCGUGGAAAUUCGUUUUUGGAUUGAACGCUCUUCUUAUGGUCGGUCAUCUUGGUUCCAUCGACUCCUUCAAGACCCGAAGUUUUAUGAAAAGAAGACGAGACGGAGGCGUGAGAAAGAAGAUUAUGGUGAAUGAUGAAUUCAGCCAACCGUCUCUAUCUAAAAAGAUAUAA